UUGCCUAACAAGGCUACAGUCUGUACGGGAUGAGAAGAGUCAAUAUGCAUAAUAAUAACACAAUGUUGACUAAAAAUCAUAUAAGCAUUUAUACAUUCGCAGUUAACUCACACUUUAAAAUGUAUUCAUUAUAAGGUAAACAAAAGAUGUGACGUCAUCACAUAACGGCGCCCAAUGUGCCCCUCUACAAUUUAAGAAUAAUAAUUUGCAAAACACAGUUUAACUAUGCCAAAAUAUUUUUACAAUUAUCCUCAAAAUCUUAAUUAGACAUAGUUUACUAUCAUACUGAUUUCACAUAACUGUCCUGCAUUCAGCAUAGAGCAGGUGAACCACCCGACAAAUGAGCGUGAUUUCGCGGCUGGUGGUGUUGCGUCAACAACCUGCCGAGCGCUUGGAGGCGACGCUGAUCCGGCGGAGUCCGCGACUCACUCACCGACAGAAAUGCGGUAACAGCAGCAUCGAUAUCCACACCCGAAGAGCAUGUUAUUUUUUUGGACCCAAGACACGGGAAGGAUGUGUAGCCACAUUUGAACACAGACGUAAUUGGCAAGGAAUUGAGCCACGGCUAUUGCUGUCUAUUUGAUGGUGGCAUCGUUUGCUUUUUGGUGGGGAGCAGCAUCUGGAAUAUUGUAGGAUGAAAAGGGGUUUCCUGGGGUGUCUGUGAAAAUGAGCGUGACAUCAUGGUUCCUUGUCAGCAGUUUGGGCACCCGCCACCGUCUCCCACGGGAGAUGAUAUUUGUGGGCCGGGAGGACUGUGAGCUCAUGCUGCAGUCUCGAAGUGUGGACAAACAGCAUGCCGUCAUCAAUUACAACCCUGUCACCGAUGAGCAUCUGGUCAAAGACUUGGGCAGUCUGAAUGGAACAUUUGUGAAUGACUUGAGGAUUCCAGACCAGACCUACAUCACCCUGAAGCUGUCGGAUGUCAUUCGCUUUGGAUAUGAUUCCCAUGUAUACGUCCUGGAGAGGAGCCAACACAAGGUCCCAGAGGAGGCGCUCAAGCACGAGAAGUACACCAGUCAGCUUCAGAUGGGUCUGAAGGCCUCAGAGGGGAAGAGGCCUGAACACGUGGGCGAAAAGACUAAGCUGGAGAAGGCAGACAGGAAGUCUCUGUCUCAAGAGGUUCCAACCUCCCGGCCCACCCCAUUGUAUGGCCAGCCUUCGUGGUGGGGGGAGGAAGAUGCCGCCAGCAAGGCUGACGGACACAGACCAGAGGAUGGUCACUCGGAGAUUCAGAAGGAAACAUCAGCCUUAGAUCCGGAGGUGAAUGGCUCUUUGUUGGAGUACAGGGAUCACCAGGGCAAGUCCAUCUUUCCCUACCACCGGGAGCCCAGCUACUUUGAGAUCCCUACAAAGGAGUUCCAGCUGCAUCCCAAGUCCCCGGGGGCGGAGCUCCAUGAGAUUCCCACCAAGGACACAGACACGCCCCCUGCCCACGCCCCUCCUGGUCCCCCCUCCCACACUCCCCCUGUGGUGCAGAGCCAUGCCUCCUUCACCAUAGAGUUUGACGACUGCACGCCGGGCAAGAUCAAGAUCAAGGACCACGUGACCAAGUUCUCCUCGCGCCAGCGGAAGCAGCAGCAGGCGUCCGGGAAACCCCUGGCCUCCACCCCCACGGAGGUGAUGUCAGCGGAGUGCAAGGUGGUUGACUGGCUGGUGCACAGUGACGUCAGCAUGAUGAGGAGGCGCCCGACGUGUGAGGAUGUUUACAGUGUCAAGAGUGACCAGGCCGUCAAUAUCAAGAGCCUCAAAGGGCACCACCACGACGAUGGGACACAGAGUGAUUCUGAGGACCCGGUCUUAGGGAAAGGGAAGCGAACCAUGUCACACCAUCGGGUCCAAUCGCAACAGUCUGUUCAGUCAGAGCAUUCACAGUCUGAGCUUUCAGAACCAUCACAACAGACAGUGCUGUCAUAUAAGUUAGUACAGUCAGAACAGCCACACCAGGCAGUUCCGUCGCAACAGACAGUCCAGGCAGUUCCGUCAGAGCAGUCCGUUCCCUCACAAAGGUUACUCCAGACUCAGUUCUCUCCGCCCAAAUUGUCCCCAGUCUCUCCUGUGGCCCCUGAGAGGCCCCUGUCCGAAAGCCCGCCUGAGGCUCGUUCCCCUCCUACGGGCCUCUCUAAGCCCGGCCCCCAGGAGCCCCUGUGCCAACAAGCCUUCAUCAUAGAGUUCUUCGACGACAACCCACGCAAGAAACGCUCACAGUCCUUCACAGCCAAUCCCGCCCACGCGGACUCUUACUCCGCCCUUAAGGCCAAGCUUGAGAGGCGGAAGGGAGGGGAGAGACCCAGCUCCAUGCACGGUCACAUCCCACCCACCCAGCAGGUGACGCUUCCUCUGAAGGGCCAGAGUCACGGAGGCCCCCAGAGGUCUAGCUCCUUGAAGAGGGAGAAGACAGAGGAGCCCCUGAGCGGAGGCAGUGCCUCCUCUUCCUCUGCCUCUGGUUCCGGGCCUUCCUCUCGCGCCUCCUCUGGCAUCACCAUCAAGCCUUUUGGCAGUGUGGGGAAGAAGUCCAAACUGGCCCAGGAAUUUGCAGCGGAGCUCCUGAUUAAGGACGCAGGACACAGAGCCUCGUCUCCCAGCAGGGAUAAGACGUCUCCUCCUCCCAUGUCAGCUCCCCCGGUGAUGAUGGUGUCACCCUCUCGCACCCGCAUUCCAUCUCCCUUAGAUCCCCCUUCGUCCGUCUCGUAUCCCUCCACCCCCAUGCCACCUCCUGUACCGCGUUCCUACUCUCCAACUCCGGCCCCUCUUUCUCCGGUCCUAGCCCUAUCUCACCCUCCCUCUCGCAGCCCCGUCCAGACUGGUUCCCCAGUCCACUCAACCGUCCCCUCCCAACCCCCUCUGAUGCCCCCGGUUCUGGGGAUACGUGGCGUGGACCCUAAAGCCUCCAGGGUGGUGAGGAACGAUGAGGAAGACAGUCUGAGUGAUGCUGGCACAUACACCAUAGAAACAGAAUCCCAGGACAAAGAGGUGGAGGAGGCACGCAACAUGAUUGAUCAGGUGUUCGGUGUCCUCGACUCACCGGAGUACAGUGGUGCCGGAGUGUAUAGGCCCAUCAUAAAUGAUGGCAAGGACGAGCUGGCAAUGCUCCGACCUAGCGACGGUAGCACUGUGGAUCAAAUAGCAGAAGUAUCUAUGCAUGGCUAUAAACCAGCCGGCCUCGGUGGGGGCCCCUCAGGCCCCAUCCAGUUGCAGUCUUCUACCAUUGUGUCACUGGAGGAGGGGCCAAAGUGGGUUUCUCGCUGGGCCAGUCUGGCAGACAGCUAUGCAGAACCAGGAUCUACUCCGCUUCAAGGGGAGUUUGCGGAGGGAGAUUUGCGAUUGAUGAGUCGGUCGAUGCCUAGCCACAGUGUGGAAAACUCUGAGUCAGAGGGGAGCCAGGGUUGUCGGAUCAGGAGGCUGCUUCCCCAGGUUCCUCCUGGGGACAGAGAAAAGCCAGAAAGCCCCACCCCAAGCAUCCUAAUCCGCCACGAACCCCAUUACCCGGAACCUGAGUGCCACCUUGACAGGAGUGGUGUUGUGCCCCAGCGUCAAGACAACGCGGAAAGGCUGUGCGUUCGAGAUGAUGUGGACCCAGACAGCCUGAGUGACGCCAGCCGCUCUGACGAUGGCCCUUUACUGGAGAGGACCAGGAGGAGCCAGGGGAGGAGUAGCACUACCUACCCCGGCGACACUGGACCUCAGUAUAGAGGUCAGGAUAAGCUAUCGCCUACGCAGUCCACCAAGUCCACCUCCUUCUACAUUGGGUCUGAGGACAGCGGCAUAGGCAAGCUGGACCUGGCCCCAAGCUCUGUUCUCUCUCAGCGGUCCGAGAGGGGUCGAGACACUCCCGCCAAAACCUCCCCCACUACGGUCAUCAUAAGGCACCUGAGCAGCCAUGAGCCCCGAAGGCCUGGCGUCAAGCCCAACAACUCAGCCCCCAACCUCUACUCCCAGCAGGACAAGGACUCAAAAGAUCUCAAUAAAGACGCCCUAGGGACCUCCUCAUUUGUCAGGCAAGAGAGCUUCACCAAAGAGCGGCCCAGCGAUGACGUCCAGAUCAAGAGGCUCCCCCACAUCUCCAGUCAUCCCACCCUGAGAGACAUGGAACAGGGUCGAGAGACACCCCAGGACCCACAGCCCUUUCUCAGGGAAGCAGCCGACGCCACCCUCUCCUCCCUGGAGGCCAAGUUCCCCUCCUCAGGCUCCGGACGAAGCUCUAAACGAGGAGGGUCCUCCAGUCAUAUGGACGACUCUCUGUCCGGAGAAUCCGACGUGGAUACGGCCAGCACCGUCAGCCUGGUCAGCAACCAGAACGCCCCGGUCACCACUGGUCCUAGGAAGAGCACGACCGUCGGCGGCCCCCAGAAGGAGAGGUCCUCAUCCGGUUCGUCCGUCCAGACGAAGGGUCACCGCCAGCCCACGGCCCGGGAGCGCCUGUCCGAAAAACGGCGUAGCCAUGCGGCCACCGGCGACGGCUCCGGCAGUAAGGCAGAGCAGUCUAAGCGUUUCCAGAUGCGCCGCAGCACGGGCAACCGCGGGUCUCUGGACUUAGCAGAGGGUCAGCACUGGCCCGACAUGGCGUCCGACCACGAGAGCGGGCCUCGAACAUCCAGCCGCAGUAAGAAGCACACAGCUCCCCUGCAGAAAGAGGACAAUGGGAAGACCCCCCGGAGCGCCGCACAGCAGGCUCUGAUCCGCUCCAACAGCCUGUCAGCACCAAGGCCCACCAGAGCAUCAAUGCUUCGCCGAGCCCGCUUGGGGGAGACCUCGGACAAUGAGGGUGCUGAGACGGACCGGGGGUCCCAGAACUCAGACCACAUCGGUGCCCCCUCCAAGGUGUCCGCCGACGGGAAGAAGCUCCUUUCCAGACUGGACAUCUUGGCAAUGCCCAGGAAGCGAACAGGCUCCUUCACUAUGCCUAGUGAUAACGAGUCCUCCACCACCACCCCUUCAACCAGGCCUGGCUUUUCUAACCGUGGCGCAGAAUCCACUGGGCCAGUCAGGAAGACAUCAGUGGGUGAAGCAGGGUCGAAGCAGGGGUCCACAAAAGGGGCCAGUGCCCCUGGAAAGCAGCCAACAACCCGCACACGCUCCAGCAGUGGUAAAUACUCCAGCGCAACCAGUUAUCGUCGAAAGCAGAAGGGUUCGGACUACACCUCCACAUCAGAGGAGGAAUACGAGGCCAGCUCGGGAACCCCAAAACACAAACGCUCCUCCCAUACGUCUGCUGCCACACAGACCCCCAGGGCCCAGAAAGAGAGACCCACAACAGCCCAGCCCAAGUCCUGCUCCCCGGAGGCCGUGGAGGACGACAUCCAGAAUGAGGCUGACCACUACCAGAACUGGACCACACACAGCGCCGAGAUAGCAAAGCUCAGUCAGGACUUGGCCAAGGACCUUGCCAUUCUGGCCCGCGAGAUCCAUGAUGUGGCGGGGGAUGGGGACUCCCAGAGUUCUUCUGGAAUGGGCACCAACCCUUCCCCCAGCUCGGCGCCCAACACGCCUGGGCCCGCCUGCACCGUACCCAUCUCAAGCCGGGAAGAGAGUCCAUAUACAUCUUUGCGAGGGGUCUUCCCAUCUCAGCUGGUCCAACAUAUCCCUGAGGCCAGCUUAAACUACCAGAAGGUUCUACUAUCGCCAGGUUCUACUGCUGUCAUGGACCUGGAUCCUAACAUGAACGGCCAAGACACAAGCUUUAAGCCACGGUGGAACCGUGAAGAGGUGAUUUUAGACAAUCUGAUGUUGAAUCCUGUUUCUCAGCUCUCUCAGGCCAUUCGGGAGAACACGGAACAGCUGGCUGAGAAAAUGAAAGUUCUAUUUCACAACAAGACUGAGGCCUGGGAGGAGAUUGAAGCAAAGAUCAAUGCUGAGAACGAAGUUCCCAUCCUCAAGACAUCAAAUAAGGAAAUAUCCUCCAUCCUAAAUGAGCUGAGAAGAGUGCAGAAACAACUAGAAAUGAUCAACAGCAUUGUGGAACCCAGUGGAGCUGCCAGUGGGAACCCCAAGGUGGCAGCGGUGGCGGCUGCUGCUGUUUCAGGAGGACAGGGCACCAGGUCCCCCUCACGGCAGAAGAAAUCCCCCAGUAAGCCUUCUGGGACUGGGGAUAGACAGCGUGGCGCUGGCCCCUCAACCAGCCCGACCACCUCCAAACCCAACAGCAACGAAAACACCAAGAGGACCACCAGAGGCCCCAAAGGGGCGAACCUUAUGUCCUGAUCAGUGAUCCCAGGCUUCUGUAGCAACUCCUGGUGGUGACUGACCCCAUUCACCGUGCUGUCAUUUGUAAUGUAAAAACCAAUGACACAGUAUACUGUACAUGCGUUUUGACUGGUAAAGAUAGCUGAGUACCGCUGUCUAGAAUUGCUUCCUCCACAUUGCACAAGCUCAACUAAAAGUAGGUAAAGCUGAGUAAAAUAAGUUGUAACUUGCUUUAAUAUGUGGAUUGUGUACAAAAUAAUAUCCAUAUGCCUUGCCUACUUGUCCUCUACUAUGUGCAAUGUGUAGUAGGCCAGUACUGGUUGCCCAUGUAGCUCAGAUGAGACAGGCUACAGUGUUGCACAUUUGUUUCCAUAUUGUGAAUGUGUGAUAUGGCAAAACAGCUCCAUUACAGAGGCUGUUUUGAGGGAUUCUGUGCUUGUCUUAUAAAAUAAUAUUAACUGAAUGUUGCUGAAUGACUGGAUUAUUUCAUUGCUUAGCAGAAAGCUACUGAAUGACCACCAUCACUCUCCCUUUUUUUCUCAAAUUGAUUGUCUGCUUUUGUGAAAAUACCUAGAAUUAUGUUCUAUAUGAAUGUUGUGUAUACACAAUGUUAGGAUAGAGUGUGUCAUGAAAUGUUCUGAUCCAAAAUCAAUGCAUUAUUUAUACACUACACCAUAGAGCAUUGGAGAAAGGGGAAAGCAUACUUGGCAUAACAAUUUAAUAUGAUGACUUUUAUAAUGAUUUAAGUUAAGUUGUUAAUCAUCGAUGAGGUAUUCAAUGUUGUUCUGUGAUAACGAUCUUUGGGUGAAAGUCUAUCAGUAAUGAAGCUUCGUAGUUAUGGUUUCAUGUUCUUGGCACUGGCACUAUAUUUCCAUCAGGGUAGUGUAUAUGGUACUGAUGUAGCUUGUUGUUCUGGUGUGUCUGAAUGAGAGUGUUUGAGGGACUAUAUGCUUCAAAUUAGUAAAAUUGGCCCAAAAUUGACAUGCAGUCUCCUAAUCUGACUAUUGUACUGUGCUAGCUAUGAAGUUAGCUAUGAUCUGUUCUUUGUUGUGUGUGUGUGGGUGUGUGUGCGCGCGUGUGUGCGUGCACAUUUCCUUUUCAGGACUAAAAUGUUCUGACAUUUUCAAAAUGGUUUGGUCAGCUUAUAGAUUAGGUUUAGAAACAAUAGUUUUAGGCAUACAGAUCAGUGAGGACCUUACUGCUACUGAGUUGUGUGGUUGUUCCACCUAGGUAAUUUUAAAAUGUAUGCACUGUUAGUUUCUCUGCUAAAUGACUAAAAUCAGAAAUGUUUAUGA